AUGAAGCAGCCAGUUCAGAAGGAACUCACUCUUAUAGGAAAGUACAUUCGAGAGAGAAUUGUGGAAAUGGAGAUAAGCAUGCAGGUGCGGAAUGUGAAAGAGCCAUUGCAUAUUAGCAAUGAAUCCUUCGAGAAGAAAAUGCGAAGGAAAAUGGCCACUUCAGGAAGAGGGAAAAGAGCGAAAAUGAGUGUAUAUUCGGAGGGUCUGGGUGAAAGGGAUCUCUCAUCUGAGGAGAUACUGGAGAGUGAACAGAUUGAUGAAGAGCCUUCUUCUGAGGAAAAGACACAUAUUUGCACAGAACGCAAGGAUGCUCAGAGAAAUAAAGAAGUAGUACCCUCUAGGAUACCCGUGCCACCAGGAAGGAAAAUGAAGUGCGGAUGUGCCUCGCAUGGAACCUCAAAGGGAAUUACUUAUGUGGCUUCAUCAAGCACUGCCACCAGAAGGAAAAAUAUCCCACAAUAA